UCUAUUGGCUAUUCUCCAACUGUCAGAGUGCGAGUAAGCAAUUAGAGAUAUGCAGAAAACUGUGUAGCAAAUGUGUAACAAGUGGCUCAUAGUUGGUGAAAGUAGAAUAAAUGGACUAUGCACUGCCACCAAAACAUGAUGACUGCGUCUGCACAGCUGUGUUUGCUGGCAUAUUUAACUCUGACUUUGGGAUUGACUUUGGGUUUGGGCCCAAACAAAAACAUGGGGUUUACGUUCCUCUUACCAGCUGGAAGCACAGAGUGUUUUUACCAAAGGACGGCGAUGAACGACAGCAUGGAAGUUGAAUACCAGGUGAUCGCAGGGUCAGGUCUGGAUGUUGGGUUUAUCCUCCUCUCACCCACCGGACAUCGGCUAGUCUCUGACUUCAGGAGGUCUGAUGGUAUCCACAUGGUGGAUCCCACAGUUGAUGGAGACUACCGGUUAUGUUUUGACAACAGCUUCAGUAAAAUGUCAGAGAAGAUGGUGUUUUUUGAGGUCGUCAUUAAUAAUCAGAACAGCAAAAACGGAGGCCAAGAUGAUUGGUUAGAGACUGUAACUUCAGACAGCAUGGUGGACUACAAAAUGGAAGACAUCAGGGCGAGAAUGGACUCUGUGCACCGGCACCUGGAGAAAAGCCAUCAGGUCCAGGCCAUGCUGAGGGCAUUUGAGGCGAGAGACCGCUACCUUCUGGAGGACAACUUGUGGCGAGUGUCCUUUUGGUCCUGCGUAAACCUGUCGGUCAUGCUCACUGUUGCUGUUGUUCAAAUUUACACCCUCCGACGCCUCUUUGUCAACACCAAGCAGGUCCGCACAUAACAAAACCAUCCUUACCUCCAUCGACGAAAGACUAGCAGAAAACACUCAACUGACAUGGGAGCUGAAUUUAAAGGAAUAGUUUACAUCAUUUUAAAAAGCUGGUUUUUGCACUGGAUUUUUUUUUUAAUUGUCAAAAACUGUUCCCUUUGAUGCAUUGUGGAAACCAC